UAUUUUAGCUUUAAAGCAGAAUCUUAAUCUGGCUGUAAUAACAUCAGAAAACUACUGGUAGACCACGAACUAACUUCUGUAACGGGAGGGCUGUAAUUUAAGCAAAGAGUAGACGGUAAAGUUGGCAUUAAGGCUGGCAUAUACUCCACGUCAUUGUAGAUUACAGGUUGAGGGGUCGUCCCAUGUGUAUGAGGAUGGUCAAAGCAUUUCGAUACUAUUUCCAACAUCCAUGGAGUCGGCUGAUUGUGGCCUAUCUGGUGACUUUCUUCAAUUUCCUCAUUUUUGCUGAAGAUCCGAUUUCGCACAGCCAGACUCCUGCCAAUGUAAUUGUUGUUGGAAACUGCUUCUCCUUCAUAGUAAACAAGUACCCUGGAGGAGGAUGGAGCUGCUUAAAGGUGCUGCUGUGGUUGCUAGGUAUUAUUACAGGCCUUGUUGCAGGAAAGUUCUUGUUCCAUCAGGGGAUGUUUGGUCAGUUACUUCGACUAAGUAUGUUCCGAAAAGAUCACGGCUCCUGGAUGGUGAUGUUUUUUUCCACUAUUCUCUUCCUGUUCAUCUUCUCUCACAUUUACAACCUGGUCCUCUUAAUCGCUGGAAACAUGAGUCCUUAUUUCAUUAACAAAUACAUGGGCAUGAGGAAUGAAACCUUCAUGAAGCUAGCAGCAGUUGGAACCUGGUUGGGAGAUUUUGUCACAGCCUGGAUGGUCACAGAUAUGAUGCUUCAAGAUGAUUUGUAUCCUGGUUGGGGAAAGACUGCUCGAGCCUUCUGGAAGAAAGGGUAUAACAGGGUUGUCUUGUUCUGGUCUGUGCUGAUUAUCCUGACCAGUGUAGUUGUUGUUGUCAUCACCACUGACUGGAUCAGUUGGGACAAACUGAACCGGGGAUUUUUGCCGAGUGAUGAAGUCUCCAGAGCCUUUCUGGCCUCUUUUAUCCUCGUCUUUGACCUCCUCAUUGUCAUGCAGGAUUGGGAGUUUCCACAAUUUAUGGAAAAUUUGGAAAUCAAUCUACCUGGUCUUCCAACCUCACAUAUUCACCUAAGACUGCCUCGUUUCCAGAAGAUAUUCAAGGAAGAAUACCUCAUUUGUAUAACAGGAAAAUGGUUUAACUAUGGCAUCAUCUUUCUUGUGUUGAUUUUGGACCUGAACAUGUGGAAGAAUCAAAUAUUUUACCAGCCAUUUGAAUAUGGUCAGUACGUGGGACCAGGACAAAAAAUCUACACGGUGGGUGAUCCAGACACAUUGAAAAAUUUAAACAAAACAACCCUAAACUGGGAAUGGCGAUCAACUAAUACUGAUCCACUCACUAACAGAACCUACGCCCAGAGUGACUUGCUUUUGCACAGUAGAUAUAUAGGUGCUAGACUUGGGAUUAAAUGCCUUGCUUUUAUUCCAAGCAUCUUGGCAUUUAUCUUGUUUGGGUUCUUCAUCUGGUUUUUUGGAAGAUUUCAAAAAAGUGAAUUAAUUGGGAGCAAACAAGAUAAUUUGUACGUAAAGAUCAAGAGGAAAUCACCAUCUGAAUUUAGCAAAGAUUUAAAUGAGUCUGCAGAACAUACACACACAUCUGGAUCUACAAAGGAUGAAUCGUUGAUGGCCACAGGGUCAGAAUUGGUAACAGCUACUAUACACACAACUACCUCUACUUCUUCUGAAGGCCAGAAUACUUUCCUUGAGAAUUCACAAAGUAACAUCAAGCAUGACACAAAGCCAGACGAAGAACACAUGUCCACAGUUCUUUCUGAUCCAUCGACAAAACAGUUACCCGACAAAUAUAUUAAUGUUUAAAUUUACAAGCACAGGCCUUAAAUGGGAUUUUACCUUUACAUUUUUACAUGUUUAUAGAUCUUUAUAUAUGUGGUGAUACAGUCAUUUUGACUUGCAAAAUUACAGAGCUAGAUUUAACAUGAAGAUGGUGGUUCUGCAGUGAAGCAGCAAUCGCUUUUAUUUUUAAAGAAUGCAUAAUAUUGUGCCUACAUCUAGACAUUCCUUUAUGUCUUGCCUUUUGCAAUGGCACGCAAUUUAUGUCACUGCUGUAUUAACGUGUACAGUGAUAUAGUAUCCAUCUCUAACACACAGAUAAAGUGAUAAAUACUGAACUAGCUGUGCCUUGAGAAGUUUCAUUUUGUACUGUUGUCUCAAGGAUUUUUUACAGGGUGUUUGAUUUCCAACUUCACAAAAUAAAAUAUUAGCAAUUCUUAAUGCUCUAAAGAGACCACUUGCAAGGCUGCUGAACUUUUACAUGUAAUGCUGGGUUCUUCUAAGAUUGAUUUUGCCACUGCAAGUGCUCCACUUGUGAAUAUGUGAUCCUAAUGCUUAAUUGGUGAUGGCGCAGAUAAUAUUGACACCUGAACAGCACAUUAGAGAAGCAGUGUUUUUUUAUAUAAUAAUGGUGAAUUGGCUGCCUGCCAAAGAAAGCAGUGAAGGUGACAAAGAGGAGACAGUACUGCUGUAUUUGGAUCACUGUGUACAAAGAGGAUAUAUUUCACAAUCAAAAUUUGUACUAAAGCACAAACAUCUGACCAAUUAUGUGUGUAAAAAUAAUAACUACCUACAGAUGUCGAAUAAAUGGUGUAACCCUUUAAACUUAUGUUCAUUGUUCUUUGCAAGCCCUUAUUAUGAUUUAAAACUGUCGACUAUUCUGACACAUGACUUCCUUUAAAAAUAAGCACAGCUGUUUGCUUAAAUGAAUGUGCCAGCUGUACCAUUCUUGCCAACUUCUGCAUGUGAUUUCUGUCAAAUUCAACAAUCGUAAACCAAAAAGCUAAAAUGAUUAUCAGUUUAUUUUAAAGAAAAGCAAGAAAUGAUACCUGAGAUUUUAUUUGGUAAGACACCAAUUUUGCAAUCCCUUCAUCGUGUAGCAGUCAAAUCAGAUCUAUCUGUUUAAAUAUCGUAACUGGUUAGCUACAGACAGAUUUGAAUGAGUUAGUCUAAAAGAUGGAAUUGUAGGCUAGUAGGAAUGUUACUGGAUAUAAAGUUUAGUGAAUUUAAUUAAUCCUUUCCCACUCUGAUUGAUUAUGAGGAACUCCAACAGUAAUAUAACAGCACAUUUGCUGCUGCAAGUCUUUUAUGAUCAAUGUUUUAUUUUGUUUUUUACAAUUCAUGGAAUGUAAUUGUCUCUGUCUGGGCCAGCAUUUAUUUGUUUACCUUGAGAAGGUGGUGGUGAGCUACCUUCUUG